UCAUGGUCACAAAUCCUCAAGACUUAUGCGACUCGAGACAAACAGUGAACAGUCUUUUUUACUAAAGUAGUCAUUUUUUUAUAUGGGUUUUUAUGCAGUGGUUCUGUUCGCUAUUUUAUGGUUCUUCCCAUUAGCCUGAAGCAAACGUCCUUCGCUCCUACCACUUGUUUAUAACUGGUUAUUACAAAGACAACUCACGAGUUUGGAAACAUAAUUUUAACAGAAUGGCAUCACGGGGUAAGUCGGAAACCAGCAAACUGAAGCAGAACAUGGAGGAACAGCUUGACAGACUGAUGCAGCAGCUUCAGGACCUGGAGGAAUGCAGAGAGGACCUGGACGAGGAGGAAUAUGAGGAGACAAAGAAAGAGACACUGGAACAGCUGGAGGAAUUCAAUGACUCACUGAAGAAGAUAAUGACAGGAGACAUGACACUGGUGGAUGAACUUAGUGGGAUGCAGCUGGCAAUCCAAGCUGCCAUCAGCCAAGCAUUCAAAACCCCAGAGGUGAUCCGACUUUUUGCAAAGAAGCAGCCAGGACAGCUGAGGACUCGACUCGCCGAGAUGGACCGAGACGUGAUGGUGGGGAAAAUGUCUCGGGACGUGCACACGCAGCAGAAAAUGGAAAUCCUCACGGCCCUGAGGAAGCUGGGAGAGAAGCUCACUCCAGAGGAUGACACAUUCCUGGCUGAAAACGCGACGGCGACUCUGAGUCAGUUUGAAAAAGUCACUGCAAACCUGGGGUCGGAAGACAAAAUUAUGGCCUUAGCCAGUUCUGGGGUGAAAACCCAAGCAUAGAUUGUUUACAAAAUUACAGUUAUAACUCUUUGUUGUUCUUAUUAAAAAAAAGAAAAAAGAAGUGUGCCAAUUAAUCAAGUUUUGCAAAAAAAAUGUGUGCACUUUUUAGUGUUUCUAUAGAUGCAAAAAAUUUUAAUAGUAUUGUUUUAUACUUCUUAACUUUUGUAAAUUUCAGUUAUUUGUCCAAGUCUGUAAAAUUGUAAUAUAGUCGGUACGAAUACAUGCAAAUGAAUGUAGAAGACGACGGUGCUGUGAUUUGUAGUGUUGGUUUGCUGUGUGCUUAUUUACAACCUGAAAGUUCAUAGACUCUUAAGGUUUUAAUUAAACUGAAGUUGUUUGGAUAAAAAAAUGAUGAUCCUGAGCCUUUAUAAAGGUGCCUCAAGGCUUGAACUUCAUCAUUCAAGCUAGAAUGAAAAUCAUUACUUGUGGUCUUUUAAUGAUUAUUUGAUUUCUUAUUAUUUUUAACCGUGGUUAAACACAAGAAUUGGGAUCAUCAGUUUGACUUUAUUGUGACAAGAAGAACGUUUAGAGGAAUCAAGGUGAGGCAAGUGCUAAGCACGGUGUUGGUAGCAUCGUGCUGCGGUCUAGAUAUUUGCCCAAAGUGGAACAAUGAAUAAGGAGGAUGACUACUAUUAAAUUUACUUGAAAUCAGCAGGGAGACGGUUGAAACUUGGGAACAGCUUGUUCAAACGAGAGAAUGUUCCUAAAAAACAAAUCCAAACUGGAUGUGUUUGAAUCGCUUUUCAAAGCUUUUUGAAAUGUGAUGCCAGGAACCGGGCAAGUUAAAUAAACUACCAAUUCUACCAAGAAAAUGAAUAAAAUAUAGUUCCACCAAAAGUCUUUUAACAGAUGUGAAAAACACAUGGAUGAGAUAUUAGUUGCUAAUGGGAACUUAUCUAAAAACAGUUGGGGUUGUAUACUUAUAUUUCAGCCAUUACCUGUAUGCACAGUUUUGACCCUGUUUGUAUUACUGAAAAGCAACAAUAACAAACUUACACAGCUGUUUCUUGUUUUAAAAAAAAAAAAAAAAAAUCACAGAG